ACUCGCCGCUCCGCUGCAGGUUCAUGUCUCUGCUAAAUCUGUUUAUCCAAAACAGCCCGCGUCCUUCCUGCUCCUCGCUCUGCUGUUGAAGCCGUGACCUCUCCAAUAUGGCCGCCCUGUUCGCCUGCGGGGAAGCGGAAGUAUGGAGGAGAGUUUACGAGAAGUACUGGGACGUGGUGGAGGCCACGGCCAAAGCCAGGAAGCCGAAGCUACUGCAGCUCGACAAAUGGUACCAGGAGGAAUUGCCGGUGCUGAUUUCGAGUCGACCCGACAAACACAUCACUCUGUCGGAGCUGAAGAAGCUAAUGGAGUGGAAGCUAACGAGGGGGAAGUUCAGGCCGAGGCUGCAGCAGCUGGCGGCCUCCAACGCCGAGGACGCCGUCCAGAACCGCUCCAGAACGGCGUUGGGCCUCCUGCCCGACGUUCCGGCCGCCGUCGCUGAGCUCAGCGGCCUGAAAGGCGUCGGCCCCGCCACCGCCUCAGCGGUGCUGGCAGCAGCGGCUCCGGCUCUGACUGCGUUCAUGUCUGACGAAGCGGCGGAGAGCGUUCCCGGCCUGCAGCCCGUCCAGUACACCGCCAAGCACUACGCGCUCUACCUGGACAAAAUGGCUGCCCAGGCUGCCAAACUAAACGCAGUGGAUCCGCAGCCGGACUGGACGCCCCACAGGCUGGAGUUGUGCUUGUGGGCGACGGCGACGGCGACCAAGCUGCAGCUUCCUGUUCUGGAGGACCUGAAGGGCGGCGACACGCAGACCUCAGGCUGCGACCGGAGGCCCGCCAAGAAACUCAAAACUGCUUAAAAACACGGCGACGUUUAAGUUCGUCAGUAAAUUAGUUAUUUAGCCUGAGACAAGAGGAAGAAAAGGGGGAUUCAUUCCCCAAAAUCCAUCUUUUCACAAUAUUAUUCACUUAUAAAAGUCAGUUUCUAACUGAAGUUUAUGUUACUGACAGGAAGUGAAUGUUUAAGAUUCACUUGGUAAAAAUGAGAAAAUGAAAGAUCAGCAGCACCAUGUGGCCACAGUAUUAUUCUUUAUUUAUAUUGUUUCUAAAUUAAAGCAAAGUACAAUGAACAGUACAAAGUAAAACAAAAUAUAUUCAUAUAUAUACAAUAUAAAAUGGUUCCAUUCUGAACAUUUAAAAAGUACAAUAGUUUGUGAAGUAAUUCAUGAGGAUUUGGAUAUAAAUUAUCCACUAGUAAAUUUAGUUUUCCUUUAGUUUUGACCCAGAGAAAAAUAGCUUCUUCUUCUUCUUCCUUUUUUUUGUAAACGCUGUUUGGGCACGACCUCUUCUCUGGUGGGAGAGAUUGAGCCUCGUAAGCUUGGCACCAUUUUAUCAAUACAAGAAAGCAGCUCAUGAAAAACUACCACAGCAGAGCAGAGCAGGCAUGACGUCGUCUGGCUAAUCUCAGAAUCACCUGUAAAGUUUCUUUUUUUAUUCUGCAUGGCCAAGAGUUGCUCAGUUGUUGUGAACAUGUGAAUAAUCUGCAGCAAAACCAAGAAACUGGAAAAGGAAGAAAACAGAAAACCUCCAUCUUUUAAAAACAAAAGAGUUGCUUUGUUUAGCUUGAUGCUAAUUUUGUGAUUCAAACUGCAUCUAAAUGAGACCUGAAGGUGGAUGCUUUGGUGGGAAAACGUUAAAGAUUUUAAAUGUUUCCUGCUUGUGAAUGCAUGAACAAUAGUCCUGCACUGAGUUACCGAAACCUCAGAACCAAACGCUAAGAAAAGGCAACCUGGCGCGGCUUGAUGGCACAGAGCAGCUACAGAUGUUAGCGCUACGGCUAACGUCUCAGACAGAUUCAGAACAAGACUAUGGAGAACCACUGCGUAGUCGGGACAUUGUACAU